AGCAGCGCAUCUCUGGGGAUGGGGAUAUGAGGCAGCGCCAACGUCAGAGCUGGGAGCUCCGUGACGACACCCUUCUCUAGAUCCUCGAUGCUGUCGUGGGUGACCUUGAACUUGGUAUCUGCGAAAUAUUAGCGACUGGGGAGAGUUCGUACUAAAGAAAUCACCCACCCUUGCCCUCUUCGGCAGCCUGGAGAACCUCAUUCCAAGUCGCCUUGUCGCCGAUGAUCCAGUACUCUCUUUCCCACUCGGUGAAAUCAAGAACUCGAUCAGCGUACUUGGCCAGAUCGAAAGUAUGGGCGAAAGUGACCAGGGUGUCCCCUUUGCCGGGAAUGGCUGCCGUGUCAUGAACAAGGUCAACAACGGCAAUCAUGGGGGACAUGUAGGUCUUGUGAGCGGGCGUCGGAAAAAGGAGGGAUGUGACCUGGAUCAACUGUUAGCAGUCCUUGUGGAGCUGGAGCGCUCUGCCUCAGUCAAUGUGACUACAUACUGCGCUCCUGCAGCAGCUCCCAUGGCCGACAAUAAUGAUUCCAGAAUGCAUCAUUCCUGGCUACUUGCAAAUCCCGACUACAUGCCACUUGUGCAAGGUCUGAUGGGAAACAUAUCUACACUGAGAGAGCAGUCUUCAAAUGUCCUUUCAAGUUUGUUAGGCGGUUUGGGCAAGGGUCCUGAUGGUUUCGUAUCUGUCAAACCAGUGUCACUGAAUCCAAGCACCUACGGGUUCUGAGUUCUGAGUGGUGAGGAUAAGCUCCCGGCCCCAGGCCUCAAUUGGAUAUAACGCAUCUAGGUCACAUUUUAGACAUUUUUUCACGGCAUUACAGGCUAAUUAUAA